AUGCCCACCACCCUAACAACCCUCCCCCCCGAACUCCUCCUCACAAUCCUAACCCACCUCGACAUCCCCGACCUCCACGCCCUCACGCGCACUUCGCACGCUCUCCGACACCUCUCCACCGACCCUCUCCUCCAUACCACGCGUCUCCAGCGCGUGCCCGCUGCCCUCAACCAUUCUCUAAACGCGAGACCUAGUCUGGCGUCCCUGAUUGCGAAGCAGAUAUAUGUUACGAGGACGACUGUUGUGGCGAGACGGCUCGGCAGGGAUUUUAUUCGGAUAAGGUUGGAGAGGGAGUUGGGGGGGAGGGGGGUGGGUGUUUGA